AUGGAGAAGUCUCUCAAAGCGGAAGAUACCGUCUCCAAGCAGAUCAGCGGAGAGGGAGACAUCGAAGAUGGUGGCCUCAACAACCCUAACCAUGUUGAGCUUCACCGCGCGCUGAAGGCGAGACACAUUACUAUGAUUGCCAUCGGUGGUGCGAUUGGUACUGGUUUGAUCAUUGGAACGGGAGAAGCUCUUGCAAAGGCCGGCCCUGGUUCCAUCCUAAUCUCUUACUCUUGGGUUGGUUUUAUCGUUUAUCUGGUUAUGUGCGCUCUGGGAGAGAUGGCCGCCUGGUUGCCAUUGCCGUCUGGUUUCACUGGUUACGCCGUUCGCUUCGUCGACCCUGCUCUUGGCUUCGCUCUUGGUUGGACGUACUGGUUCAAAUACAUCAUUCUGUCGCCAAAUCAAAUGACUGCUGGUGCAUUGGUUAUAUCAUAUUGGAUACCAACGGAGAAGGUCAACGCCGGAGUAUGGAUAACCGUCUUCCUAGUUUUGGUCGUCUCCAUCAAUUACUUCGGUGUGAGAUUCUUCGGUGAAUUCGAGUUCUGGCUGUCGUCAUUCAAGGUCAUUGUCAUUCUCGGCCUCAUCCUCCUGUCCUUCAUUCUCAUGCUCGGUGGUGGACCGGACCAUGACCGCAAGGGUUUCCGCUACUGGAAGAGCCCAGGUGCUUUCAACACCUAUGUGAUGGAGGGAAACGCUGGUAGAUUCCUGGCUUUCUGGUCCACCAUGGUGUCUGCUACAUUUGCCUACUUGGGUACCGAGCUGGUCGGAGUGACCGUUGGCGAGGCACAGAACCCCCGAAAGACGAUUCCCAAGGCUAUCAAAUUGACCUUUUACCGCAUCCUGGUUUUCUACGUGCUGAGUGUGCUCCUCGUCGGUACUCUGGUCCCAUACAACUCUCCGCUGCUUCUCUUCGCCACCGGAUCCAACAACGACAAGAAGGGCUCCGCCGCUGCUUCGCCCUUCGUGGUCGCCAUCCAGCUGGCAGCUAUCCCAGCAUUGCCCCAUAUUCUGAACGCCUGCAUUCUGCUCUUCGUCUUCUCUGCCGCCAAUUCCGAUUUGUACAUCGCUACCCGUACCAUCUACGGCCUGGCCCGUGAGGGCAAAGCCCCCAGGAUCUUCGCCCGUACCGAUCGCCGCGGUGUCCCCGUGUUCGCACUGGCCAUUUCCUCCCUGAUCGCCCUGCUGGCCUACAUGAACGUCAGCAGUAGCUCGCAAACCGUCUUCAAAUACUUCGUCAACCUCGUCAGCAUCUUCGGUCUCCUAACCUGGAUCUCCAUCCUGGUCACUCACAUCCACUUCGUGCGCGCUCGCAAGGCCCAGAACGUCCCCGACGAAAGCUUAGCCUAUAAGGCACCCUUCGGCGCCGCAGGCUCUUACUUCGCUCUGGCCUUUUGCUGUCUCAUCGCCCUCACCAAGAACUUCGAUGUCUUCAUCCACAACCCUAAGUACGGCAACUUCGACUACAAGAACUUCAUCACCGCUUACCUCGGUAUUCCUCUGUACCUCAUUAUGAUCUUUGGAUACAAGCUGUGGACCCGCUGUGAGCGCGUCGACCCCAAGACUGCCGAUCUCUGGAGCGGAAAGGACGAGAUUGACCGUGAAGAGGCUGAGUAUCUCGCCGCGAAGGAGGCUGAGGCGGAGAAGAACUCUGAUGCGAACAUCUUCUACCAGAAGUUCGUCUCUUGGCUCUUCUGA